AGAUUUCUCCCCCCACCCCAGCCUUCCCCGUCUCGCCACAAACCCCUUACUCUGACCCCCUGCGCUCUCCGCCCGGCCUGGCCAAGACCCCGCUCUCAGCACUGGGGCUGAAACCCCAUAACCCGGCCGAGAUCCUGCUGCACCCAGUGGGAGAGCCCAGGAGCUAUGUCGAGUCGGUGGCCCGGACAGCCACGACAGGCAGGGGGGGGACCCUGCCGGCUGCCCAGCCCGGGGGCCUGGAGGUGCCCGCCAGGAACGGCGCCUUCGGCAACUCCUUCACUGCCCCCAGUCCCGUCUCCACCAGCAGCCCCAUUCACAGCGUGGAUGGUGCCUCCCUCCACAGCUACCCCUCAGAGGGCAGCCCCCAUGGCACGGUGACGCCUCCCCAUGCCGUGGCCGAGCCAGCGUACCGGUCGCCUGUCGUCUCCCAGAUGCCCUCUGCUCACAGCAGCUACCAAACCUCGUCUCCGUCAUCCUUCCAAGCGGCCACCCCGGGCUCGCUGUACGCCAGCCCCGACUACCCCGACGGCCGAGCCGGCUUCCAGCCGGAUCCCCAAACCCGGCCGCAGCAGCAGGUCAGCGUGGUGGGCGUCCACGCGCUACCAGGGAGCCCCCGCACCCUCCACCGGACAGUGGCUACCAACACGCCUCCCAGCCCUGGCUUUGGGCGAAGAGCCGUCAACCCUGCUGCCGGCGGCGCUCCUGGCAGCCCCGGGAUGGGCCGGCACGCCGUGGCCCCCCACGGCAACCUGGCCGUGCCGCCGGGGAGCCCCAGCCUCGCCCGGCAUCAGGUGGCGGCGGCCGUGCCGCCAGGCAGCCCCGUGUACGGCUACUCCAGCCCAGAGGAGAGGCGCCCGACGCUGUCCCGGCAGAGCAGCUCGUCUGGCUACCAGCCUCCCUCCACGCCGUCCUUCCCCGUCUCGCCGGCGUACUACCCGGGCACCAGCACGCCGCACUCCUCCUCGCCGGACUCGGCUGCCUACCGGCAGGGCAGCCCCACGCCGCAGCCGGCGCUGCCCGAGAAGAGGCGGAUGUCAGCCGGGGAGCGCUCCAACAGCCUGCCCAACUACGCCACCGUCAACGGCAAGGCCUCCUCGCCUCUCUCCAGCGGCAUGUCCAGCCCCAGCAGUGGCAGCGCUGUGGCCUUCUCCCACACCCUGCCGGAUUUCUCCAAGUUUUCCAUGCCAGACAUCAGCCCCGAGACUCGUGCCAACGUCAAGUUUGUGCAGGACACUUCCAAGUACUGGUACAAGCCGGAGAUCUCCAGGGAGCAAGCCAUCGCGCUGCUGAAGGACAGGGAGCCGGGGGCUUUCAUCAUCCGGGACAGCCACUCCUUCCGGGGAGCCUACGGCCUCGCCAUGAAAGUAGCCUCCCCACCUCCCACGGUCAUGCAGCAGAACAAGAAAGGAGACAUCACCAACGAGCUGGUGAGACAUUUCCUCAUCGAGACCAGCCCGCGGGGUGUGAAACUAAAAGGAUGCCCCAACGAGCCUAAUUUUGGCUGCCUCUCGGCUCUGGUCUACCAGCACUCCAUCAUGCCCUUGGCCCUGCCCUGCAAGCUGGUCAUUCCCGACCGAGAUCCCAUGGAGGAAAAGAAAGACGCCGCAUCCGCCACCAACUCGGCCACAGACCUUCUCAAACAGGGUGCGGCCUGCAAUGUGCUCUUCAUCAAUUCGGUGGAGAUGGAGUCGCUCACAGGCCCCCAGGCCAUCUCCAAGGCUGUAGCCGAGACGCUGGUGGCCGACCCCACGCCCACUGCGACGAUCGUCCACUUCAAAGUCUCCGCGCAAGGCAUCACCUUAACUGACAACCAGAGGAAGUUGUUCUUCCGACGGCACUACCCUCUCAACACCGUCACCUUCUGCGACCUGGACCCCCAGGAACGAAAGUGGACUAAAACUGACGGCAGUGGCCCAGCCAAGCUCUUCGGCUUCGUGGCCAGGAAGCAAGGGAGCACCACGGACAACGUCUGCCACCUCUUCGCGGAGCUGGACCCGGACCAGCCGGCUGCAGCCAUCGUCAACUUUGUCUCCAGGGUCAUGCUUGGCUCCGGCCAGAAAAGAUGAGCCGGCGCUUGCGGGUGAUUCUUGAAUUUUGGAGAAGGACUUGGAGCUGAUCCGAGAAGGAGUGUGAGGAAGUGCAUUGUGGGAGAGGGAAGUGAAUCGGGGGGGGGGAAAGGGUUGGAAUUUUGGAGGAAAACAGCAAACAACAGCAACGAAAAAAAAAAGAACAAAACCCCUAAAAACUCAACACAAGCCAAACACACACAUAGAGGAAUCUAAGCCACGCACCUACGUACCAGAGCCACGAAGUCACGCCAGACAGGGAAGGGACAUGGGUGCAUGUCCCACUGCAGGGAAGGUGACCAAGGCGAAGGCGGCGGUGAGAGGUGUUCCAGCUUUCGGCAUCACGGUCCCGAGGCUGCACCGAGCAGUGAUGUUCGCUCUGGACCGAACGCGGGAUCAUGACUGAUAUCUUCUAUCUGGCAAAAAAAAAAAAAGAAACAAACCGGCAAAAGCCACGGAAGAAGCUUCAUCGGCGCAUGCCUGCUGUGUGUUCAAUGCAACCCGUAGGAGUAACGCCCUGCCGCAUUGUGGGACAGGUCUGCAGGACACCGGAGGAGAUGCCCUUGGAAACAUUCCCUUGCCAUGCUGCAGCGGAGGGUCUUGCCAGCCUCUGCGCUGAGCCCAAAACCUGAUGGCCGCCUUUCUGGGGCAUACGAGGGCUUGAUCCCAAACCCUCUUAUCCCCUGGGAACUCGGCUUUGGGCUGACCUCAGCAGUUGGCCCAGAACCUGCUCAGAUUCCAGCACCGCUCACAGGUGAGGCAGCACGAGUCCACCCGGAGAGAGGCAUCGCAGCCUCUCCACGCCUCCUGGGGUGCUGGUACCUGGGCAGCCUGAACCCGUGGGGCUCCUGCUGCUCCACGCCUGGGAGCAGGAGGAUGCUCCCCAGGAACCUCCCGGGCUGGUGGAGAAAGUCGCCUCCUCUCCUGUCUUCCCCUUUUCCCUCCCAUCACCAGUCCUCUUUGGCAGUCUUAUCCUGCGGCCUGUCACACAUUCUCAUAACAACAACAAAAAAGAAAGAAAAAUAUUGUAGUAAUAAUAAUAAUAAUAAUAAUAAUAGCGGAUGCUUGCACAGUUUCCUGUGCAGAGCAGCGGACCCGUGGCUGGCCCUAUCUCUCUUCAGAGACGUGCAAGCAGUUUUUAAAUUGCAUGGACGUUCAAGUUGCACGAAAGGCGAAUGACUACAAGUAACUCAGGCGCUUUUUCUCAUUUUUAUUUUGGAGGCCACGUUAAAAAAAAAGAAAAAAGAAAAAAGAAGGAAGAAAAUGUAUUAAAAAAAAAAAGGAAAGGAAUGGACCAGCAGUUGCUGGGCUACUUUGGCUCGGUGGGGAGGCCACAGGUCCUCUGAGAGCCACCCUCCGCCCUCCCCCAUGGCCGAAGGCUCGUGCUCCCCUGAUGCACGGCGGGUUUGCAGCAGCUGAGGCUCUUCCCUUUGCCUGGGGGUGUGAUGAGAGCCAGCCCUCGCUGGGAGCCGAGCUGCUGGCCAAGGGCCCCUGUGCCCUUGCGGCAGGGCGUCACGGUUUUGGGGAGCAGAGGUCCCAGCCCCAGGCUGCGAGCAUCCCCUCCGAGCCAGGGGCUGCGGGGCAGCAGCUGAUCCACCAGCUCUGCACGGGGCAGGAGCAUGGCGAGCGCAAAAGCUGAGAACAUUUUAAUUUUUAUUUUUUUGGAGAAGUUUCAGUGCAAAGUGGCCCAGAUAGCCUGUUGGGGGCAAAAUUUAGAAACUUAGUACUGCAGUCCCCCCGGUGAGCUCGCCUCCCUCGGCCCACCCUUGCCUUGAUAGCUAUAAUAUAUAUAGGAGCUAUACCAAUGAAAUACUGUAAGCUAACAGAAUUUUAAGGAGGAACAAAGGUUAAAUUUACACUCCAAAAAUAUUUAUUUUUUGCCAUAUUGCUUUCUGCGCAUCGUAUCUCCCCCAUUAUAUACGCCUUCCCCCCCGCCCCGGAGAAAAAAUAACACCCAACACGUUGAAAGCAAACCAAGAGUGAGGAAAAACGCCGGGGUUGGGCGCGGGGUCCCCACUUCGUGGUGGUGGUGGGGGGCGUGCGGGUGACAUGUGUGUGACUGGGGGCGCGUGCGUGUGCGUGUGUGUGUGCGCGAGAGAGCGAGCGGCGUGGGCACACGGAGGGGGCCGGCGUGGCCGGAGGCUGGCGUAUGGCGAGCGUUGGAUGCGUAGCGGGGAUUUGGGUGCGAGACUGCGGCGGGAUAAGGGGGGGCGGCCAGGGGUUUUCCCCCCCCCCCAGCUCCCCCUUGCCCGCAUGGAUGCGGAGACCUUUUCAUAUAUAUAUAUAUAUUAUUUUUGGUGUUUCAAAAGCGAUUCCCUCCUUCUGCGAAAUUCAAGCGAGACGAGAGACAAUCUCACCCGUAAUGUCCUCACCCUGCCGUUAACCAAUUAGAGAAAACACUGUGUUUAUAGAUAUAUAAAUAUAUAUUUUUGAAAGUCUCUAUUUUUCAGACUUCGUUUUCUCACUGCUAAGAAAGAGAAGAGAUGAUAAUAAUGUAAUUUUAUUUUAAUCUGCUGCCUCGGAAACCGGUGCUUGAAACUCCCAUUCAUCCUCUCCUCCCCGUACAAUGAAGCAGAUUAAAGCACCCCAGAGAUGUCGAGCACAGCAGAUACCUGCCGGCAGCAUCAUGCCUGCUUCGAGCUGGGACCUCUCACAGCUCCCACACUAACCCACUCGCUGAAGCCAGAGAUUUACACCGCAUCCCAACCUCGGACACUAACAAAAUCGCCCGACGGUUAUAUAUUUUUUUAACACAGAGCUUCCAAUGAUGUAGCCGGGUGUUUGUCAGCUACCUUUAAAGGCACUUUUCUUCUUUUAGCUCCUUUUUUUUUUAAGUUACGUUCUUAGGUGUAGCUCCCCUUUCUGUCCUCAGUUCACGUUGCCUGGGGCCAGUGGGGACCCAGCACCGCAGUGAUAUUUUUCCUUAUGAAAGGGAUGGAAAAGGUUCUUUGGUUUUUCUUUGGUUUUUUGAUGCAGUAUUUGGUAUUUGAGAGCCAAGCUUGUGCGAGUUAAGCCCAGCAUAUGUUUCGUUGUAAUCACACUGCCGUGUUCAGCAGCCGGAUGUUAUCUCUCUCACACACACACACACACAAACAUAUCCCUCCUUCCUGCACAAAGAACUGCAUAUAUUCUUGCCAAAGAUAUCCUUAAAAACGCACUUUUCCCCAUAUAUAUAUAUAUAUAUAUAAUUUUUUUUUGUUUGUGUAAAUUUGUUGUACGUGCCCUUUUUGUGUUGGUUUGUUCUUCGGAGAAGAACCCCCCUCCUCCCUUUGCUGUCCCUUUUGCUGCCCAUUCACAAAGGCUCCCCGUGGGAUUCAUCUUGUUGCCUGUCCCCAAAUGGGGGCCCCAGAGCGGAGCCGGCACUGGGGGCCUGCAGCGGGCAAAAUGUGGAGCUCCCAUUCAACUCGCUGCCUCCAGUACCUAUUUUGGGGGAUCACCCGUGUGCAGCCCCAGGCGUUGUCCCAGCCCCCAGGUCCCACCUGGAUUUGGCUGCAGCUGCCAGGCAUCGAUUUUUUUCUUUUUCCAGUGAGUUCAACAGCCCGAGCUGAAGCGCAAAGUGUGACGGCGCUGAGCAGAUCCCCACCCAGCAGGCCGGGCAGGUAACAAACCAGUUGCCCCAAAAACCCAGACGGCAGCAUCAGCAAAAGUCAUACCUUCCCGUUGGAGCAGGCAGGGAGAUCAGACAGCAAAGGAGCCCGCAGGGGCUUGUUUGAUUUCGUUCGUUUGUUUUGCAAAUUGCGAGGUUGGUUUGGGGUUACUAUUUUUUUUUCUUUUCCUUAAAAAGGAAAAAAAAAAAAAGAAAAAAGGAAGCAACCCAAUGUUUCUGUUGGCGGAUCCCGUGUUUUGUAUGUUUUUUUUUUUUCCUUCCCUGUUGUUGUCUUUGUUACUUUGGGAACGUUACCAAUUUAUUUGCUAAUCAGUGUUAAUGAACAGUUUAAAACUUUCAGACUUGCCCAUUUCUGUGUAUUUAUAUAGAUGGAAAAAUACGUUAUAUUUUGUAUCUCUGUGCCCAUGAUGUCGUCGCGCGUGUAAAGAUGACUUCGGUCGCACCAUGUCUGCGUGUGAAUGUGACUCCGCUUUCAUCUUCCCCUUUGUACAGAUGUCUGAUUCUCUGCAGUUCAUUGUAUGGCUUUAUAAAGUGGUAAAAACGAAAAUCAGUUAUAUAAAAUAUACUGUUGCUUGGAAUGCCA